CCCGUUGACUCCCACAUGGUGGUAACGAAGUCGAAGACGGUCAGCUUCUAUCCGACCGACUUUGCCAUGGCCUACAUUGAGAAGCUGAAGUCCAGGAAGGCCGAGGGACACGAACCGAAGAAGAAGGUCAAGAAGAUUCUAGAUCCCGAAGUCAUGGAUGACUGUGGCGAGGACCUCGGAGAGCUCAACUAUCUACGGAACGAGGAGGUGUGCUGGUGGGAGAUGCCGGGCAACGAGGAAAUGGAGCUCUACCAAUAUCUGAAGGAGGAGCGACCCUUUGUGUUGGUGAUGGCUCCUCAAUGUACUGGCACAGCUGGAUGGUGCACGGUCAACGAGUGGAUCGGCAGCGAGGUGCACCGUCGCAAUGCGGAGGUCUCUUUCAGGCUAGGACAGAUUUGUGCGAAGGCGGCUCACAUUCAGCUGGACGGAGGACGCCACUACGUCAAUGAGUUGCCGGGGGGAAGCCGUAUUUAUCGAACUCCAGAAUGGAUGGGUCUGGCCCGGAAGAAUCUUACGUGGGUUCAGUUCAACAUGUGUAUGCUGGGGCUCGUCAACUCGAAGAAGGAGCCUUUGAGUAAGCCGGAGGAGGUAUGGGCGAGUCACGAG